AUGGCGGUGGAGGAACAUGUUCUGUGGAUGGUCAGAGGAGAGCAGGCUCGAGCUGUACACGGCAUCGUCCGUGUGUGGAGAGGAUGCAGACCCCCGCUCAGCGCCAAACCACCACGGCAUACUCAAAGGUCACAGACUGGGAUGCAAGAAUGGAGUCUUUGUUUGAAUCUUUUUGCUGUGUUGCAUAAUCAGUCCUUGACUCACUCAGCAGAACCUCCGAAUAGAAAGAAACUACACAACGUCUCCGGGUCACCUGUGGGUCAGCUCAGCCAGAGCACGGUGGCCAUCGCCUCCAUACAUUUCCCGCUGGCUACCCGUCGGUCUGUGCAGAACUCCACCUGUAAGCUGCAGCUGAUCGUCUUCCGCAAUGGAAAACUCUUUCCGUGCACGGGGAAUUCGUCAAAUCUUGCGGACGAUGGCAAGCGCAGAAGCGUUUCGACACCAGUUGCGUUCACCAAAUUAGAUGGGUGUAGCCCCGGGAGCCCCGUGCAGCCGGUUACCGUCGCUCUCCGGCACUUCUCGUUGGGUGUAGACCCAACCGCGGCAUACUGGGAUUUUGACCUGCUGGAUGGACACGGCGGCUGGCGCGCGGAAGGCUGCCACAUAACGGGCUCGGCGCACAACACGACCACCAUCCACUGCGCGCACCACAACAACCUCGCCGUGCUCAUGGAUCUGAAGAAGGUGCUGUCGUUCCCUCCGUAUCCGGGAGAGUUCCUGCACCCGGUGGUUUACGCCUGCACCGCCGUCAUGCUGCUCUGCCUGUUCGCCUCCAUCAUCACCUACAUAGUGCACCACAGCAAAAUCUGGAUCAGUCGGAAAGGAUGGCACAUGCUUCUCAACUUCUGCUUCCACACGGCUCUGACGUUCGCUGUCUUCGCCGGAGGCAUCAACCGAAUCAAAUACCCCAUCAUCUGCCAGACUGUCGGUAUCGUCUUGCAUUACUCGUCUCUGUCCACGAUGCUCUGGUUGGGCGUCACCGCACGAAACAUCUACAAACAGGUGACCAAAAAACCACAGCAGCCGCAGGACGGAGACCCCGCGCCGCCUCACCACAGCCAUAACACCAAUACACAUAUACGACCAAAGCCACAGUAUCGUGGUAGAAGAAUAGUUAGGUUUUAUUUAGUGAGUGCAGGAGUUCCCUUCAUCAUCUGCGGCAUCACAGCAGCCAUCAACAUCGAGAACUACGGCAGCGGAGAGCUGACGCCGUUCUGUUGGAUGGCAUGGGAGCCGAGUCUGGGCGCCUUCUAUGGUCCUGUGGCCUUCAUCGUCCUAGUGACCUGCGUCUACUUCUUGUGCACCAUCAUCCAGCUGCGCAAACACCCCGAGCGGAAAUACGAGCUGAAGGCAGCGAGCGAGGAGCAGCAGCGGCUCUCUGAUGUCCACCAGGGGGAGCCGGCGAGUGGUCAGUGUCACGGUAUCAACCCAUCCAUCAUCAACAACGAACACUCGUUUAAAGCCCAGCUGCGGACGGCGGCGUUCACGCUGUUUUUAUUCGUAGCCACGUGGACGUUUGCCGCACUGGCCGUCGGCGCACUUGCUGUUUCGCAAGGCCACUUUCUGGAUAUGAUCUUCAGCUGUUUAUAUAUCUCGGCGGGGCGUUUUUCUGUCACACUCGGGUUGUUCAUACUGAUUCAUCAUUGUGCAAAACGCGAUGAUGUCUGGCACUGCUGGUGCGCAUGCUGUCCCGGGCGGCGCCCCUCAAAUGCAUGCCACGCCCACAUCCACGGCCACGCCCACAAACUCAACAUAAACGGCGACGCCCACACCCACUGCCAUCUAGAUGGUGGGAAACCUGUUCACUGCGCAUGUCGCGCCGCUGGGCAAAAUCACGUGACCUGCCUGACGCCGGUUUCGCCAUGUUGCGCCGCUCUGCAUACGCAACAGCUCCUAGAAGAUGAAACAAGCGCGCAUGUGCUUCUCCACGCCGACCAUGAUGGUUACCGACCCGCCGUGCGAUUGCACCGCUGCUCCAAACCCGUCAGGACUAAAACAAGGCGCCAACGUGAACUAGCGUUGCGCGUCCCUCUGGAGCGGACGCCUCAAGCGUGCACGCUCGCGCAGCGCUCUCCAAGCUCUGCCCACCAUCAUCACAUGUGCUGCGCAAAAGACGAGCUCCUCGACGCGGGUGAGAGCUUUCUGUGCGGGAAACUCGCGGAGGACGAUUUGCAUCACGCGCAUAUAGAGCUGCACGCCCGCAGACAGUCGCUGGCCAAUCAGAACGGCAUCCUGAAGGGAAACGCACUUUAUCCAUCCGACAGCACUGGGAAUAUACGCACGGGACCCUGGAGAAACGAAACUACCGUGUAGUUCGACCGAACUCCAACGCUAGGAUUUAAGAAAGGAACUUUUUUUAGUACCAUCACAAGCUCUUUCCUGCAUCAUUCAUCGUACAGGAUGAUUCUGGGGAUCGUACAAAUAAGAGAACGAAAAACCUGGGGCCUCAUUCAUAACACACAAAUAUAAUUAAGAUACACAAAGUUGAAGCACACAAAUAUAUCUUUAUAUAGAAGCUGUACAGCCUUCAUCAAUGGGCAAGGAAAUAUUUUUUUUUAUCAUUUUAAGGAAAUAAUUUUUUGUGUGUAUGUGUGUUUUGUUUUUAUUUUAGAGAAUUUAAUUUAAUUUUAGGGUAUUUUAUUUUAUUUAGGGUAUUUAGUUUUAUUUUUUGUUUUGUUUUAGGGAAAUCAUGAAUAAUUAAUGAAUUAAUUAAUUUCAGUGACAUAACUAUUGUCUAACAUAAAGCAGUUAAAAUGUUGCAGAAAACAUAUGCAGUUAUAAUAAAAAAUAUGGUUACACUUUUUGAUAGUCCACUUUAGACGUUCUAUUAACUAAAAGUAACUUUGCAACUACAUUCAACUAAUUCUCAUUAAUUUGCAACUACAUGUUGACUAACUCUCAGAGUAGACUGUUUGGUUAGGUUUAGGCUUAGUAGAAUAAGUUGACAUAUACUUGCAAAGUUUCUCAUAGUCAGAAUGUUGUGGACUUAUCAAAAAUAAAGUGUUAGAAGAUAUUUAGCAGACUACUAGUCUACUAAUACGCUUAUGACUGCUAGUUGACAUUUAUUUUAAAAUAAAAUGAAAAAAGUUACUUACUGUUAGUAGAAUGUCUAAAGUGGACUAUCAAAG